ACUCUGAGCCGCGGUGACUGCGAAAAAGUUUCAAUUUUUUUUCGUUUUUUUGGGGGGCAGGGGAAGAGCAAAAGUCUUGGCGAAUGAAGAACUGGUGGGAAGGAAGUAGCGAAACCCGCCUUCUCGUCGCACCUGAUUCUGCCGCGACGGAGAAAGGGGUUGGGCAUUUCUUGUCACUUCGGCAUCCCAAAUCAGGAAAAGCGACAUGCUACCUCGUCGUCGAUGAGAAGCUUUUAGAGCUUCAGUGGUUUAAAUUGCCUUAUGGGUCUUGGUUUCUGGGAGAUUACGUCCAUAAAGAUGGUUGCCUGUAUACUGCCACACCAGUCGAUCCAGUUUUCAUCAUGUUGCCAGUUUUCGAGGAAGCCAGGAUGAGGAAAAGAGAUGAUCCUGGGAAGUUUAGGCAAUUGGAUGAGAUUUUGUUUAUAAAUGGUUAUCCUGGAUAUCAGCAUUUAUUGUCCAUUGCGGAGAAGCCCAUGCAAGUGGUUUGUGAAGUUAAAGAAAUUGGAUCAACAAGGUUUUUUAGGCUUGAUGAUGCUAAGGUUCUUGCUUGGUUGUCAAACAAGGUACACCGAGUGAAGCAGACUUUGAGUACUCUGGAUAAAAACUAUGCUGCCCGUUCUGAGAACGAGAUGUUAGCUGAUGCUGUCUCAAUAAUUGGGGAGUACUUGCUGGAUGAACCUUGGUUGAAGAAUCUCUGUGAUAGUCUGAAAUUGAAUUUAGGGGAUGUUGGAGAGGCAGCUCAUAAACAAAAUUCUCAAGAUGUAGCAGAGACAAAUGACUUUGGAUCUCCUGGAGCCUUACAGGGAAAGAGUGGGGCAGAUAAAAGGGCUUCAAAGGUUGGAAGGCAAGUUAAAAAAGCAAAAGUAGAGACAGAUUCUCAGAAUAUCAAAGAAAUGUUCACCAGGGCUUCGAGAAGGGCCAGAUAAAUCUCGUCCCAGUGGGAAAGGUGAAGAAACUCCCGUAACAAGAUAACUACACCAUUCCUUGAUUGCCGUUUCCAGUCGAUGGCUGAUUAGUUCUCAGUAUUGGAGCCAGAUGGUCCACCCAUCCGGCAAUCAUUCAGUCUUGGUUGAUUUAUUUGUUGUAACUUUAACCACACUUUCUGCGAAUGGAUUUUAGAAGUACCCAAUUUUGUAAAUAUCUUCAAGUUAUUGAUCGAGCCAUUGUGCUGGAUCUGCCGCAAAGGCGUGAUGGGGUAUUCGUGAACCAUGUAAACAGCAACCGAUUAUUGUGUUGUACUUAUAAUAUAUGGUUCAGGGACGUGAUUUGCUUGAA